AUGUGCGAAUACAUUAACAAGAGUGUUAAGAUAGUAACAACUUCAAAAACAAUUAUAGAGGGAAGAGUAUUCACAAUUGAUCCUGUUUCUUGUAGCUUUAUUUUAUAUUCUAUUCAAAAUGAUUCUUCAAAAUUGAUCAUGAUCGUUUUAGGCUUCAACAUUUCUUCAAUAGAAAUAAUCGAUGAUAACAAGAUUUGUGAUAGCGACGUUUCUGUUGAAGAAAUAAACCACUUCUUCAGUAAAGGUGAGGCUGAUGUUUGCUCACAGAAUCAAGUAUCAGUCCGCAAAAUGAAUCUUAUUAAAUGGUUCAACAGUCAUUUUAUACCGGUUGAGAUAUCUACUGUUGAUGAAAACAUACUUAUUGUGGGCAAUCAAGUUCAAAUUGCUCCACCUUACACAAAGAAUGAUUGUUUGCAUACAAAUUCUAUAAUUUUUGGAAGGAUAAGUAAACUUGUUGAAGAUAUGCCUGACAAUCUUUAA